AUGCCGUCCGACCUCGCGAUUGUCAUGCCGCCGGUCCGAUUCGCGUGGAAGUCGUCGCGAAAGCGGCGGCGAUGGCAGUGCGACGGGGGGCCGGAGGGGGCUGCGGCGGUGGUGGUCUGCAGCGGUGCGUUUCAGAGUGAAGAGGACGCGGAGCUGCAGGUGGAGAACAUGGACAGCGCCGCACGUGCGAAGCGCCGACCGGUGGAACUGCUUGAAGACAGUCGGACCAAAGUCGAGCGGCUCAAAGACGAAGGCAAUCGACUGGCGGACGCGGGACGCUUUCGGGCCGCCAUGAGCAGGUGGCACGAAGCACUUGGCGUGGACGCGAGCAAUGCUGUGCUGUACGAGCUGCUGGCCCAGGCGUCGAUGGCGGUGUACGAGGACUUCCAGGCGGUAAUGUACGCCCGCCGAGCGACCGACUUGGCACCGGCGUGGAGCGACGGCUUCCUCACGCUGGCGCGGUGCCACCUCAACUUUGGCGAGUUGACGCUCGCUCGCGACGCCCUGCAGCAAGCAGUCGCGCUGAAUGCUGGCGCAUGGACGGACGAAAUGGCAGCCGAUCGUCAAGAGAUCGAAAAGCAGCUCGCGCGACAGGACCGAGCGCUGCGCAAACGCGACGAAGAGGCGGCGCGAGAAGUGGAGCUGGAUAAGCUACAGGUGAUCUCGUGCUUCAAGCACUUGACCCUCCGAGCGAAAACAGGAUGCAGCCUCGAGGGACGCACGUGA